UUCGAAGGACUACGCAUGCGUUUAGCGAGAGAGAUCGGAAAGAGGGUGGAAACGUCGACCAAUGAGUGGCGGACGAGCGAUAGCUGCCCGGGCGGAGCGUAAGAGCAUAAACGAGAGCGGCAGAAACGUAUUCCGCCACACGACGUCCGACAGCCGAGGGAAGACGUACGUCGUACCAUCUAAGGAGAUCUCUCUAGUAUCUCUCAGUAUCCCCCCCGUUACACGUCCAACGUUUCUUUCCCCAAGUGAGUGUCCUCGGUUGUUGACAGACAGUUGGUGGUCCCUCGUUCUUCCCUCGGCAACGAGUCGUACGUGAUCUACCCACUCGACAUGGAAACGCAAAUCGAGAAGCGAAAGGGGCAGCACGAGUUUUGAAGAAAGAUUCUCGAGAAAGGAGCAGAUCUCGAGAAGUAGGUGAAGAUGCUUCACGGCGCUCUGCCGAGGGCCUUCCUGGCCCCGGGUCUUAACUACAUGAGCUACUACAGCGAAGAAAUUCAUCCCACUUACGCUGCGCCGCCGACCACGUGGCACAUUCCGAUGGAGGACCCGUCCACGUCGAUUUACGCGCGAAUCCCAUCCGCGGUCGAACAUCACGCCUCGUUGUCCGCCUGGGAGUCUUCGAGGCCUUCGACGCCGUGUCCCUUGGACCUGUCCUUGAAACCGCCACCUACGCCCAAUACCCCCAAGACGGAAGAGAUGAUCGAAGUGGGCGACGAAAAAGAUCUCAGGAUCCGCGAGCAUAUCCAGGCUCGAUCCGAAGAUCGCAGAGAUAGCGAGGAGGAUCAACAGCUGGUCGUGGACGACCUGGACACCUUACGAAGCUCUUCGGUGCAAAGUCAUCAAAGCCAUUACGAGCGACUCGUUCUUAAUAAAGAAUCACCUCGCUUCCACGACUCGAUCGUUGAUAAGCUUCAUCAUCUUCCCGAAGAGAGUACUCGGUUACCGCCAUAUCCCGGAAGUGAGCUCGCUUCCAAGUACCUGCAUAAUCAGAAGCUUCUCUUGACGAGUCCCACGCACUUACAAUCGAUACAGGGCUAUCACCAGCAGCUACUUUUAACGCCCCAGCAACAUCUUCAGAGUGUGCACGCGCCUAUGACCCCGCCUAGCACCCCGUCACCGCCACAGUGUCCCAGAAGAAGAGUACGGGAGGAAGAUGUCGUCUCACCGUCCUCGGGACCACCCUCCAGCGGCGCCUCCCUGUCGCAGACCCCGAAGCAGACCAGCAACGAAAAGACCGCCGUUCAGAGACCCAAGAAGAAACACGCUAGACGCCUGAAAUUCGACGAGGAUACCAGCAGUCCGGUAUCGGGCACCGUCAUCCUCGGUCCAGACGAGGCAGUGGUGACCGGCGACAUCGAUCCCGCCUUCAACAUUGUCGAGGUCACGGAGGAGGCGCGCGCUGAAUUGGCCAAAAUCGAAAAUCGGCUCGGGCCGUAUCAGUGCAAGCUUUGCCGACAGCUCCACGAAGACGCUUUCCAGCUGGCGCAACACCGAUGCUCCCGAAUCGCCCACGUGGAGUAUCGCUGUCCCGAAUGCGACAAGCGGUUCUCCUGCCCAGCCAAUUUGGCGUCCCAUCGACGUUGGCACAAACCCAGGCUACCUAACACCGACAGUUCCGCGACAUCCUCAUCCACAUCGUCAUCGGGGAACAACGCUGAGAUUCCGUGCACCAGAUGCGAAGCCAAGUUCACGAGACAGGCUGCUCUGCGUAAACACCUUGCUACUCAACAUCCCGAGACCAACAAUAACGUCAGCAGUAGCACGAACAACACUGGGCUCGACGGCCAGGAAACCAUUGGCAAACCAGACAUCGCCCAGACAGUCCCGAGCGGUCAGUUGACCAACGAGAUGACUUGACACCAAUUUCCGGCGAGACCCAUGCCGAGACGACCCGGACUCUACUGGAGAUUUGGCCUCGAUUUGUAAGAAAUGACGACAUUCUUUUGUUCACUAAAUGAUUUGGCGAUUUUCGUAAUGAGUACAUAAUCAAAACGCUCAGCAUGCUCUUUUAAGACAUCCUAUGGGAAAUUUUUAACUUUUUUUCCCUUGCUAAGAGAAGAAAAAAGAAAAACAAAAAAAAAA